CAUGCCGUUCCCCAUAGAUGUAUGGCUCUCGACAGUACAGAACAAUUUUUGUUUGAACUUUGAUCUGUGUGUUGAAAUAUUUGUGUGCUUGGCCAGGGUCAGAAGGAAACAAAACUCUUAGAGCCAACAGAAAACUGCGCAUAUAGGCAGCAACACGAGAGCAUCUUGACAGAAGGAUGGCUUCGGACAAACCAAAACCAAGAGUUGGAGACCUGAUUGAGAUUUUUCGCACUUUCUAUAGGCACUGGGCCAUCUAUGUGGGAGACGGCUAUGUGGUCCAUCUGUUUCCCCAAAGUGAUAUCAUGUCUCCCAUGACUGACAAGGCCAUAGUGAAGAAGGAACUACUGUCUGUGGUGGCCGGGAGAGACAAGUACUGGGUCAAUAACAAACACGAUGGCAAGUAUCCACCACUGCCUGGAAAUAAAAUUGUCCAGCGGGCGGAAGAGCUGGUGGGGGAGAAGAUGCCCUAUUCGCUGAUCUGCAGGAACUGCGAGCACUUUGUGAAUGAGCUGCGCUACGGGGUCGCCCGCAGUGACCAGGUCACUUAUGCGUUUGUGGCUGCAGUUGUGACUAGCCUGGUUCUUGUUGUCACCAUCGGGAUUUCUGGCUUCAUUGGGAUUAUGCUGGGCAGCUAGAGGAAGAGCAAUAAAUCCAAGGAAUCGUCCAGACAGCAGCCAGUCAGGAUGGGGGCAUCCUGCUUAGCCAGCAGGAGUGGGGCUUGAUUUAUUGAUUUCACUGUGUGAUUAUGAAUGCUUAUUUUAGCAGAGCUAAAUAAAAGCUUAAGAAGGUGUUAUUUUAGAGAAAUGUCACUUAGCAUGAACUCUGUUAAAGACACAGUAGGGUUCUGUUCAGGUUGAAUGUGUGUGUUCCCUUCCCACCUCAAGUUCAUAUGCUGAAGCUCUAACCCCCAGUGUGAUGGUAUUUGGCAGUAGAGCCAUUGGGAGUGUGAAAGUUGUCAGAGUCAAAAUGGGGUGACAUGUGUCAAAUCCUAAUGACAUGGAGCUGGGGAAGGGCACGAAGAAAGAAUUCUCAUGCACGAAUGCCUGAUACCAAGAAGUAUCAUAGAAGACUCUGCCAAACCACAACCUAGCACAAAAGCCAUUACAACUUAACACAAAAACACUUCUGCUAGGACAUCUGCCCAGCACCUGCCUGUCUAACAUUGGGCUGACACCACACUUGUUACUGAUCCUUGUGGUAAAGCACAAUUGUUUCAAAACAACUUAUGCAGCCUUCAUUGUUUUUUCCUUUAAAAACCCCAUCUUCCUUUGUGUCCCUGAAUGUGCGCAUAGUUUACAAAGGCACUGUAUUCCACAUUGCAAUGCCCGCUUUACAUAAGAAUAAACUUAUUAUCUUUGAAGAA